GCUGCAACAUCAGCAAAGCAGCAGCAAGAGGAGGAGGAGGAGGACGAGGAGGAACCGGCCAGGGACGCGCCGCCCCCGGGAGCUAAACAUACCCAGCUCCCUCAACUGUUCCUCACAAGGCUUGGUUUCCAGACCCUUGAUCAUCUUAGUUGCCCUGCUCUGCAGGAAUCAACAUGCAAUAUGGCAGCUGCAAUGGAGACUGAACAGCCAGGGCUUGAAAUCUUUGAAACGGCCGAGCACAGGGAGAAUGUGGCGUCUGGAGAGAAGGCAAAGCUGGAACCAUACUACGUGGAGAGGUACUCUUGGAGCCACCUGAAGAAGCUGCUGAAUGACACCAGGAAGGACCACGGCUGCCUGAUGGCCAAGGCGCCCCACGACUUCACCUUUGUGAAGAGGACGGAUGCAGAGAGCCCCCACUCGGAUAGGGUCUAUUACUUGGCAAUGUCUGGUGAGAACAGAGAAAAUACACUUUUCUAUUCUGAAGUUCCCAAAAACAUAAACAAGGCUGCGAUUCUUCUGCUUUGCUGGAAGCCACUCUUGGAUCUUUUUCACGCCAGCCUCGAUUAUGGGAUGUACUCUCGGGAGGAGGAGCUGCUGCGGGAAAGGAAGCGGAUCGGGACGGUCGGUAUCGCCUCUUACGAUUAUCACCAAGAAAGUGGCACCUUCCUCUUCCAAGCCGGAAGUGGGAUUUACCAUGUGAAAGAUGGCGGUCCCCACGGCUUCACGAAACAACCUUUGCAGCCCAAUUUGGUAGAGACGAGCUGUCCAAACAUACGGAUGGAUCCCAAGCUCUGCCCAGCAGAUCCAAACUGGAUUGCUUUUAUCCAUAGCAACGACAUCUGGAUCUCCAAUCUAGUAACCAAAGAAGAACGGAGGCUGACAUUUGUGCACAAAGAAUUUGCCAACAUUGAAGAGGACCCGAAAUCUGCUGGGGUCGCUACCUUUGUGCUACAGGAAGAGUUUGACAGAUACUCUGGCUACUGGUGGUGUCCGGAUUCAGAAAUAACUGUAGGUGGAGGCAAAAUUCUCAGAAUUCUGUAUGAAGAGAAUGAUGAGUCGGAGGUGGAGAUAAUUCACGUCACAUCCCCCAUGUUGGAGACAAGGAGGACGGAUUCCUUUCGGUACCCCAAAACCGGUACCGCUAACCCCAAAGUAACUUUCAAGCUGUCUGAAAUAACCAUCGACGCUGAGGGCAAAAUUUCCAAUGUGGUCGACAAGGAACUCGUCCAGCCCUUCGAGAUCUUGUUUGAAGGCGUGGAGUAUAUCACUCGAGCGGGAUGGACCCGAGAGGGGAAAUAUGCUUGGGCCAUCUUGCUUGAUCGCUCCCAAACGCGGCUUCAAAUUGUGCUCCUUCCCCCCGCUUUAUUUAUCCCCGUGGAAGAGGACGCCAUGGAGAGGCAGAAGCUGAUCGAUGCAGUGCCCGACUCUGUCACGCCGCUGAUUGUUUACGAGGAAACAACAGACAUCUGGAUAAAUGUCCACGAUAUCUUCCACAUUUUCCCGCAAACCAAUGAGGAUGAGAUAGAGUUCAUCUUCGCCUCCGAGUGCAAAACAGGAUUCCGCCACCUGUAUAGAAUCACAACCGUUUUAAAGGAGAGCCGCUACAAGCGCUCGAGUGGAGGACUCCCUGCUCCAAGUGAUUUCCUGUGUCCCAUCAAAGAGGAGGUGCCAAUAACCAGUGGGGAAUGGGAAGUUCUUGGCCGACACGGGUCCAACAUCCGGGUGGAUGAAGCUAAAAAACUGGUAUAUUUUGAAGGUACAAAGGAUUCCCCCUUGGAACAUCACUUGUAUGUUGUUAACUACAAGAACCCCGGGGAGAUCAAGCGGCUGACAGAAGCUGGUUUCUCCUAUGCCUGCUGUGUCAGCCAGAACUGCGACAUGGUGAUUUGUAAAUUCAGCAACCAGAGGAACCCGCACGAGGUGUCUCUCUACAAGCUGACCGGCCUCGAAGAUGACAUUUCCAACAGGUCCAAGGAAUUCUGGGCUACCAUUUUAGAUUCCGCAGGGCCUCUCCCAGAUUACGUUCCGCCCGAGAUCUUCUCUUUCGAGAGCUCCUCAGGGUUUUUGCUUUAUGGGAUGAUCUACAAGCCCCACAAUCUACAACUCGGGAAGAAGUACCCCACAGUACUCUUCAUAUAUGGGGGCCCCCAGGUGCAACUUGUGAACAACCGGUUUAAAGGAGUCAAAUACUUCCGCCUGAACACCCUGGCGUCCCUUGGUUAUGUUGUGGUGGUGAUUGACAACAGGGGGUCCUGCCACCGCGGUCUGAAGUUUGAAGGUGCCUUUAAAUAUAAGAUGGGACAAAUUGAAAUAAGUGACCAAGUGGAAGGUUUGCAGUACUUGGCUUCCCGAUACGAAUUCAUCGACUUGGACCGGGUUGGCAUUCAUGGCUGGUCCUAUGGGGGAUACCUCUCCCUUAUGGCCUUGUUGCAGAAGCCAGAGAUCUUCAAGGUCGCCAUUGCUGGUGCCCCAGUCACCCUGUGGCUCUUCUAUGACACAGGGUACACCGAGCGCUACAUGGGUCACCCAGAUAAUAACGAACAGGGCUAUUACCUCGGCUCUGUGGCUAUGCAAGCGGAUAAGUUUCCUUCAGAACCCAACCGGUUAUUACUGUUGCAUGGAUUCCUCGAUGAAAACGUUCACUUUGCACAUACCAGCAUCUUGCUUAGUUUUUUGGUCCGGGCUGCGAAGCCUUACGAUCUACAGAUCUAUCCACAAGAGAGGCACAGCAUCAGGGUCCCUGAGUCUGGAGAACACUAUGAACUUCACCUCCUGUAUUAUCUCCAGGAGAAUCUGGGCUCACACAUGGCCGUGCUGAAGGCAGAGCACUGAUGACACCCCUCCCUCCCUCCCUCCCUCCCUCCCGUCCACCCUUCCAGGAACUCUCAGCACAGACAAAUACAGCUGCUUAACCAAACACCUCGGAAAGGGGUGUCAUGUUGUUGGUGCCUGCUUCCUACACAGAUCAAUUGACAAGUCCUCGGCCUUGCUUCGUUUUAUUUCUCCUUAUUUUUUAAAAAAAGUCAACCUGGUGCCAAACAAGGAGACACGCUGUACAGCAAAUGAAUACUUUUAAAUGUAAAUAAUAAAAGUCAACAUCUGUGCUA